AUGAAGAUGCGAUCAUACCUGUUCUUCGGUCAAGUGAUGUCUCCUGUGUACCACAGCCUCCCAUCAACGCUCUUUCUAUUCAAUGUCUUCAUGUUUGACUAUAGCAACGCAAUAUUCGCAAGUUCUACAAAUCUCGUCAUGAGAAUGAAGAGAAGCGGCGGAAUGGAUUUCGGCUGCACCUCUGGAAAUUGUAUUGGUCAGUCAACUCAAGUGACUCAAAUGCAGCACUGCACCGGACCGUCAUGCCAAACGACCGCGUGCCAGGGAAAGACUUGCACAGUAACCAUUAGGACAUAUUGCACUGUUCCCUGUGGACCAAAUGGACAGCUUUGUUGUGACAAACAACCGCGACAUGUCCCUUCACCGCCUCAUAGCUAUUGUUUGAACUGUCCAGCACAAAUUGCAGUACCUCGAAUCCCUCAGUUUCCUCAGACUCCUCCCAUCAACAUUCCUCAGUUUCCUCCCACAAACAUUGUAGCGCCCCCAAUCCCUCAAAUUCGUCCUAUCGGCCCCGCUAAUAUCGUCAUGCCACCCCUGCAGGGGCCUAUGAUGCAGUGCUGUGUAUGUUGUAUGCCACUGUGCACGGUGCAAUGUAUCAUGCUCAGCUGUUCUACCUGCAUGAUUGCAUCACAAACCGCAUUUUUUGGAAAGUAGUAUGCUUCCUUCUGUUGAGAAUAACUAUACCCUUCUUCAUUUCUGAGUUUCCUUCGCUUUCUGAAAGUAUCUCUUCACGAUUGCUUUGCUAAAUGUCACACAAUGAAGAAUACCAUCUGAGCAGGUAUGCAGAAAAUGAAGAGAUCAUACACAAGUAGGGUACAGUCCAGUCAUUUCAUGUGAUUAUAUGCGUCACUGCACUCACUGUUUGUCUAUGUCGUCCCUCAACCUGAAUUUUUGUUAUGGAUACUCUUUU